CAGUCUGUAAGAAAACAACCACUAGAGGAAGAACACCCUCCCCAUCUCCAUGAAAGAUAUCAAGAAAGAGAAAAAGAAGCAAGAAUGAUGUUGGGAGUGUUGAUUGCCCUGCUGGUGUGUCUCCUGGUUCUACACUUUCGGAGACAACUCUGGUCACACAGGUCCUACCCUCCUGGGCCUCUUCGUCUACCCAUCAUUGGAAAUGUUUUGCAAUAUACAAUCAGGCAUAAUAAAGAUUCUGCCAUCAAGCUGGCCAAACAAUAUGGAAACAUUUACAUGGUGUGGCUAGGAUCUACACCUGUGGUUGCGCUGUCUGGAUAUGAAGCAGUGAAAGAAGGGCUGAUAGACCAUCCAGAAUAUUUUGCUGAUCGUGUAGAGACUCCAUUGUUGAAAGCUGCAGCAAAAGAGCGGGGCAUUGGAUUGUCGAAUGGCCACACCUGGAAGCAACAGAGGAAGUUUGGAAUUGCCACCAUGCGGAAACUGGGAAUGGGAACGAAGGGCAUGGAGCAGCAAAUACAAGAGGAGGCCCAUCAACUUCUUGAGACUUUUGCACAUACAAAAGGGCAGCCAUUUGACCCUGCAAUGCCCAUCACGAAUUCUGUCAGCAACGUGAUCUGUGCUGUGGCUUUUGGACACCGGUUUUCUGUGGAAGAUAAAGAAUUCAUCAAACUGAUGAAAGCCAUUAGCGAUAUGCUUACAUUUAUAAGUAGCUUCUUUCACGCUCUCUAUGAGCUUUUCCCACGGAUCAUGGAAUGCCUCCCAGGACCUCACAAGAAGGCUUUUUCAAACGUAGAGAUUGUGCUUUCAUUUGCAAGGAAGGAGAUAGAAAGGCAUAAGGAGCAUCACGCUGUCCAUGAGCCACAAGAUUUCAUCGAUUUCUAUCUGUUUCAGAUGGAGAGAACCAAGAAUGACCCCACAUCUACUUACAAUGAAGACAAUCUGGCUGAGUGUAUUUUUGACUUCUUCGUCGCAGGAACAGAAACAACAUCCUUGACACUGCGUUGGGCGUUGCUCUUCAUGGCAAAUCACCCAGACAUCCAAGAGAAAGUCCAUAAAGAGAUUGAAAGUAUUUUAGGUUCCUCUCAGUUUCUCCACUACCAAGAUCGGAAGAAACUGCCCUACACUAACGCUGUGAUUCAUGAGAUCCAACGUCUCCACUACAUCUUAUUCUUUGGGAUCCCCAGACAAUGUACGAAAGAUGUGACCAUGAAUGGUUUUCUUAUUCCAAAGGGUGCCAUUAUUGUUCCAGAUCUCCGCUCUGUUCUUCUUGAUCCUAAACAAUGGGAGAAGCCAGAGGAAUUCAACCCAAAUCAUUUUUUGGACAAGGAUGGAAACUUUGUGGAAAGAGAAGCGUUCCUUCCGUUUGGUGCAGGGGCCCGUGUCUGCCUGGGAGAGCAGUUGGCAAGGAUUGAGAUCUUCAUCCUCUUUACCAGCCUGCUGAGGGCGUUCAGUUUACAGUUGCCAGAAGGAGUGAAAGAACUUAACCCAGAGCCUAUCACUGGGAUCUCGUUUCUUCCCCGCCCAUAUAAGAUCUGUGCUGUUCCCCGCAGCAGUGCAUCAUAA